AUGUUAAACCAAACAUUUGUGACUGAAUUCAUCCUCCAAGGAUUUUCUACAGCUCGAGAGUUGCAGAUUUUACACUUUGUGAUGUUUUUCUUCCUUUAUUUAGUAACUGUGGUGGGCAACAUCCUCAUUAUCAUAACUGUAGCCCAGAGUAAUAAUCUUCACAACCCCAUGUAUUUUUUUCUGGCUAUUCUCUCCUCCAUUGAUUUCUGCUUCAUUUCAACCACUGUUCCCAAAUCUAUGGGCAAUUCCUUGGUAAACAGCAAUGCCAUCUCAUUUACUGGAUGCGUCACUCAGGUUUUCCUUGUUGUCUCCUGUGCUACUUCAGAGAUCUUCUUGCUCACUCUCAUGGCAUAUGAUCGAUAUGUUGCAAUAUGUCAUCCUUUGAAAUACAAACUAAUCAUGAAUCAGAAUGUUUGUCUCCAUCUUAUAUUAAUUCUUUUGGUGUUUGGUGUAAUCAAUGGAGCAUGUCAUGCUGCAAACACCUUCCGUUUAGAUUUUUGCUCAUCCCACAUUAUCAAGCAAUAUUUUUGUGAUAUCCCUCAGCUGUUAAAAAUAUCUUGCAUCAAUACAGAGAUCAAUGAGAAAAUUACAUUUGGCUUAGUACUAA